GUGUGAAUUUAUCAUGGGCAAAAUUUGUGCUUCACUCCUAGCUGUGUGCUGAGCAUCCCUGCACCGGCAUGCACAGUCUCCCAAAGCUGCUGAAGAUUACGCCCAUCUCUUCCCUCUCUCUCCCUCACGCAAACACACCCAGGCGCUCCCACCCAGCCUCUCCCUUACACACUCGCAUACACACACACACGUGCUCGCAAUCACACACGCGCAGUGCUGUCAGGAGCGCCGCUGCUGGACCAAAGCCAUCUCGCGAAGGAGGUUCCAGUGGAGGGAAGAGAAAGCCAGAGUGAGACAAAGGGAAGGAGGACGGUAGAAGGCGAGGAGCGAAUAGGAGCGCGGGGACCGGCACAAGGAAGGAGAGACCCAGCGAUUUGUGAAGAACAGAAAGCAAAGAACAGGAGGAGGGGAGGAGGAGAGAGGAAAAAAGAGGAGGGGGAACAGGAAACGCGAUCACUUUCAGCUGCAGCGGUCCGUGUCGCAGCAUGGGCAAUGCACCAUCCCAAGCCAACGCUGGGGCCUGUUUUCCUAAGCAAGAUCCCGAGCGUGUUGGCGGUCACAUGAUCUCAAGAGAUGACCUGGAAUAUCCACGGGAAUACCGGACGCUGGGGAACAACGCUCGGCGCUUCUCCAAUGUUGGUCUGGUGCAUACGUCUGAGCACCGGCACACAGUCAGUGCUGCGCAGAGCCUGGAGGCCCUGACCAACCUGCACAAAGCUGACAUGGAACGCAAGAGGGACGCCUUCAUGGAUCACCUGAAGAGCAAGUACCAACAACAGCAGCAGCAGCAGCAGCAGCAGCUUCAGCAUCCACACCACAGCCCCCACCACAACCCACCGUCGCCCUCACCCUCCCACGCCAGCAUGAGGGGUACAUCAGAGCGAUCUGCAAGAGAACAACAACAGCCCAACUACUGGAGCUUUAAGAGCCGCAGUCCACGCCACUCCCAGUCUACCCAGUCUGGUCUUGCCGACCAGGCUGCCAAGCUGUCUUUUGCCUCCGCUGAAUCCUUGGAGACCAUGUCAGAAGCCGACAUCCCCAUUGGGUUUAACCGGAUGAACCGAUUUCGCCAGAGUCUGCCGCUGUCCCGCUCAGCCAGCCAGAAUAAGCUACGAUCUCCAGAUGAAUUUUCAGGCGUGCUGUUUCUGCAAUAUGGAGAUGAGACGCGUCGGGUGCACAUCACCCAUGAGCUCACCAGCCUGGAUACGCUGCAUGCUCUCAUCGUGCACAUGUUCCCUCAGAAGUUGACAGCAGGUAUGCUGAAGUCACCCAACACAGCCAUCCUGAUCAAGGACGAGGCCCGUAAUGUCUUCUACGAGCUGGAGGAUGUCAGAGACAUUCAGGAUCGCAGCAUCAUCAAGAUUUACCGCAAAGAACCCAUCUAUGCUUCUUAUCCCGCUGCCGCACACCUGGCCAACGGAGACUUGAGGAGGGAAAUGGUGUACUCUUCCCGCGACUCCUCCCCAACUCGCCGCCUAAAUACGCUUCCUUCCUCCACCGCCUCAGCAUCCUCUGGGUCUCCUUCCCGCUCACGCCUCUCCUACAGCGGGGGCCGCGCUCCAUCCUUCGGUGGAUCCCAUCCCCAACAUGAUCAGCCCCGACACCCACACCAUCCCUCGGCCGGCCACGGUGCCAACGCAGGUCUGUCCCCUUCACCUAGUGCCAUCCUGGAGCGCCGCGAUGUCAAGCCUGAUGAAGAAGUUUCUGCUAAAAACAUGGCACUGAUGAAAAAUGAGGGGCUAUAUGCCGAUCCCUACAGCUUGAUGCACGAAGGCCGCCUCAGCAUCGCCUCCACCCAGUCAUUAGCUACGAUCGGAGACCCCUUUAGCUUCCCUGUUUCCGCUGGCCUGUACCGACGUGGCUCUGUGCGCUCCCUCAGCACCUACUCAGCUGCUGCUCUCCAGGGAGACCUGGAAGACUCGCUCUACAAGCCUGGAGGUUCACUAUACUCAGACACAUACUCUUCUGCCACUCUGGGCAUGGGAUUUCGCAUGCCACCCUCAUCCCCACAGAAAAUCCCUGACAUGCAGCUGAGGGACAGGGACUCUUAUUCCAGUACACCCAGAGCCUCACCUGUCAGACAGAGUUUCCGCAAGGACUCUGCCUCUUCUUCUGUGUUUGUGGAGAGCCCGAAAUCCAGGCCCAGCUCCAGUUCUGACCCUCUGUGUAUAACAGCUGGACCUGGAGAGGGCAGCCGCACCACAUCUGGUUUUGGGUCUUCGUUAUCCGGGCAAGAUUCUGACAGUAGCAGGGAUCAUCGCCUGGAGCGUAUGGAGGCCAUGGAGAAGCAGAUAGCCAGUCUGACUGGCCUCGUCCAGAGUGUGCUGACCAGAGCACCAGACAGUGACAGCACAUGUGGCCUGCUGCGUCUCUGCAUGAUGGCGGGCUGCCCUCCAGACCAAGGGACGGAGUUUUCACGGCCAUUACCUUUCUCUUCCAGCGAGAAGACCGAAACCAACAGUGAUGGCUCCGCCACUGGAACCGGACGACAGAAGAAGAAAGCAAAUACACCGUCGGCACCUCUAGCUCUGAUGCCGCCGCCACCUUCUAACUCAAUCCAGGUGAACAGCGUUGGUCGCUUGCAGAUGCAGCUCCAUCUUCACGGUCUGCAGCAAAACGCCAGCGACCUGCGCAAACAGCUCAACCAGCUACGCAAGAUCCAGCUAGAGAACCAGGACUCAGUGCGAACACUGCUGAAGCGGACAGAGGCGGAGCUGAAUGUGCGCGUGACUGAUGCCCUGAGGAAGCAGGAGGAUCCUCUCCAGAGGCAGCGCCUCCUGGUGGAGGAAGAAAGACUCAAGUAUCUCAACGAGGAAGAGCUCAUCAUCCAGCAACUCCACGACCUGGAGAAGUCAGUGGAGGAGAUCCAGAAGGAGUCGUCUGUCAACCACAAGCUGGUGACAGUGCAGGAGCUGGAGGAGAAGGCCACUCUUCUCAGAAAGCUGGGAGAAACACUCACGGAGCUGAAAAAUCAAUUCCCAGGUCUGCAGAGCAAGAUGCGGGUGGUGCUCCGGGUGGAGGUGGAAGCUGUCAAAUUCCUGAAGGAAGAGCCACACAGACUUGAUGCCCUGUUAAAACGAUGCAAGACUAUAACUGAUACCCUUGCUACCAUGCGCAAACAAGCAAAUGAGGGAGUAUGGAAGAAGCAUGAAGACUUCACUAGUUCAUCAUCCAAGCACAACGAGGACUUGCGAAAGUUUGCAGACUUUGAAAUCCCCACCAGCCCACCGCUCGCCAUCAAUGACCUCGGGGGAGGCAACAGCUUGUCCAAUUGGAGCCCUCACUCCAGCCUCAGCCGUGGACAUGGCAACCCAUCCGGCCUUCACAAGGAUAAUCAUCCUCCUGUUCCCCACAAGGGCAAGGCUCUGGAAGAGCUUGAGCGUCGUGCUGCUGCUGACAAAGCUUUGUCCAUGGAGGUUCGACUGGCAGCAGAGCGGGACUGGGAGGAGAAGCGGGCCAGUCUAACCCAGUACAGUGCUCAGGACAUCAACCGUUUGUUGGAAGAGACCCAGGCUGAACUAAUGAAGGCUAUUCCAGAUUUGGAUUUUGCUGCCAAGCAGAUUAAGCCCUCCUCCAACACACCAUCAACACAGACCCCCCAGAGUGGGGCAGCGACCCCAGACCACCGUGCCAACAAGCCCCAGCACAAGCUUUCUGGGAAAGAGGGAGGGUCCAGGCGUGGCUCUGAUGAGCUUACGGUACCUCGGUAUCGAACAGAGAAACCCUCCAAGUCCCCUCCACCUCCACCGCCUAGACGCAGUUUCCCCUCAUCUCCAGGAGUGACCACUCGCAGUGGGGAGCCACUAAUUCCUGGAAAAAGCAUAAAGAAGUCUGAAUCUGAAGAGACAGAGGGACAGAAACCUCACAUAAAACUGAGGAGGACCGUGUCCGAAAACCCUCGUCCUUCAUCAACACCUCCCACACUGGCUUCUGAAGAGAAAGAGGAGGGAGAGGAGGAGAAAAUUGCUGCCGAAUUGGAGCUAUUUGAGAGAGCCCCGCUCAGGCUCUCUAAGCCAGCUCCCCUUUCCCUGCUAGUUAGCCCAUGCAGUAUGAAAAGUUUACACCCAUCCAGACUGGACCUGUGGGCCCCUGAGGCCUCAGGCAGUGAGGCAGGGCACUUGUCUCCUGUCCCCCACAUCGUGUUGACAGAGUGCUGUCCUGCUUCGCUCACAAACUCAGAGGAUCCUGUCAGAGAUUUAGGGAAUGACCUUGUGGAGGAGACUCAAUCACAAGAUUGGACUGGUCAUCAUUCAGUCGGCAAGACUAUAAUUUCAAGGAGAAAGCAUUCAGGGGGAUUUGAAAGUCCUCCACAGCGAGAACAGUGUUCGGAUAGUGAAUUCAAACAGGAAGUUGCCCUGCUGGUGACAGAUCUGGACAUGAGAGUGGUGUCUCCUCUUGAGGCCCAAGAGCUCAGUGAGACUAAAGGAGAUGUUCUUCACACUUUAAUCAUCUCACCGCAGACUAAGGAACUGUCUGAAACUCAGCUGAGUCACCGGCCUCUGCUAGUGCUCUUCAAGGUACAAAAAACUGUCAAAGAGGCCUACGAACUGCUGUAUUCCCUUAUGGGGACAUUCGAAUUAAAAUUCUCCCAUGCCCCAGGCCAGCAGAUGUCUCUAGCUGAGGCUCUGAGGAGAGGCAUAGAGACAGGGGCUAGCAUGCUGACAUUUCACCACAAACCUGAAAUUAGGUUAAUACCUGAGAUACAGCUGAGCUCAAUAAGCAGUACUCUUAACCGUAAUGGGUCAACUAGCUCUGCGGACACUCCGAGGAGAAUGACCGAAAAUGUCCGACGCGCCACCUACAAGAGGCUGGACAGCUUGGAGGAGACUAUUCGAGAGCUGGAAAACACAUUGAUAGAGAUCAGUGGUCAUGCUACUAGAGAGCAGCUGUACAGUCAGACAGUCAUCAACAGUAGCCCUGUACCGACGACUGGUAGUCCAACUGAGGCGAAGAAGCCACCACUCCCACCCAAGCCGUCCGCCUCGGGUCCAUCAUCAAUCCAGGGAGGAACUAAUUCCGGUGGCGGGAAGUUUCUCCACUCCUCAGCUGCCUCCAAACUGAAGCACCUGCAACAAAACAGCACAGAAAAGACUAAAAGUGGCAAAAGAGAGGACUUCAUGAAGGUCCAGGGCCAGCAACAGCAGUGAGCAACCUGUCCGUGUCCAGCCUCUUCAGUUUCCUUCUUCUCCUGUUCACCUGACUCCAGAGAUACACACAACCAUGUGCUCCCUGUACCUUAUCAACUACUUUCAUAUCCCCAAUGUUUACUCUGAUAUAUGGUCUGACACCCAGUCUGUGUAAGCGCACGUGUGUGUGUGUGCGUGUGCAAGCAUGCUUGUGCAGAAAUGUUUGAGUGUAAUAGUAAAGGAAGGUGCUGCAGGGCACAGUACCCAACCACAACCAAUUUUAAGACUUUCAUUUUUCAUGAUUUUUCCCUUCGACCCCUGAAAACCUCAUCUCUUUACAUUCCUCCUCUGCUCCCUCCUGUCUUCUGUGUCCCUAUUCUACCUGAAGGCGAAAGGGACCUACAGCACCAGUGGCAGCAUUGAGCCAUACCUCUCUGGUAUCAAAACGGGCAUUUUUUCAGGCCGAGUGGCCUCUCCUGCGGCAGCGUUUGUUCCUGGUCUGAGGAAGUACCCCCAGGAGGGGGCGAUGCCUGCACUUACAGCCUCCUCAAGCCAAGCAAAGGCCCUCUUGGCAAGCCUAUCUGCUUCCGGCCUGAGCGCCGAGGCCUUGCUCCUUUCCUCCGCCCUUCGUCAUCACCGCCUUCUACGUGAGCAGCGAGCCUCCUCCCUACCCCUGCCCAGCAGCCAAUCCUCCUCCCCUACUCCAACUGCUACCUCCUCCUCUUCAUCCUCGCCAAGCACCCCGACUCCAUCCCUAUCUCCCUCCUCUCCCACCUUUGGUUCCUUUGCCUUCUCCUCUGGAGUUCUCAAGCCCAGCAGGCGUAGCCUCGACAGCUCCAGCCUCAACAGGUGCAAGGAUGGUGGCAGCAAGCCUGUGAAAAAGGACUUUUACCCUGGCAACAAGUGAUGAAUAGGAGGAGGAUAAGGACUUUGGAUACAGUUCUCAACCACAACCAUCACAUCAUGAACCAUAAAGAUGAACUAGCUGCAUUAUGGAACAAUAUUCUUUAUAUUCCAGUUCUUAUAAGAUUUUUUAAUUUUUCUUGUUUUUUCUCUUUCCUUUUAUUGCACAGUCUACCACAGUGUAAAUGGAGUCACAGUUUUCUUCACGGACAAGUUUCCUACUCUGAUCCGGUACCUUAGUUCUACUGCAGUUCUACCACAAAGUCAUUCUGUCACCUUCCCAGAUAGAGAGUGCACAAACAGGCCUCCCCUCCCACCAGCUACCUGCUAUAAGCUGAUGUGGUCUGGAUGUAUUUGCUGACAGCACCAUUCUCACAUACCCUCUCUCAGUGGGUUGUUAGUGGCAUAGUGAAGUAUCUAGACUGUGACUUUGAUCAUAUAGAAAAAAGAGCUGCAAUAAUCACCAAGUGAGUUCAGUAGUUGUGUGUGUUCAGGAUAGUAUUGUUUUGACUUACCUGCAUCACCUGACUGAAUGUGAUUCCACUCGGAAAACAAAAAAAUAUUUCAAAAAAUCAUAAGGUGGCCAAGGUGAUGAAUGAAGUUUCAAGCUGUUUAGUGUUAAAAGGGCAUUUGUGGCUUUUUUUUAAAUCGCCUGUUUUAAACUCUAAACUGGUGCUAUGUUUUCCCCUCUGUUUGUACAAACUGAGCUUACACAAUUGUUCCCCCCUCCUGUCUCGGAGUCUGCUUUCAUUUAAUUUUGCAUUUUAAUCUAUAUUUACAACCCUACAAACGAAAUACUUGCAUCAGCAAUUAGGGACAUUUAAAGUAGAUGUCUAAUUGGAAAACUGGAAACUGCAGUGCAUUCACAAGAAUAUAGAAAAGGCAGCAGUCCUGAAAUAGCACAAGUCUUUUUAAAGAAACGACAAAGAGGCACGGUUACACAAACAGAAGGGAAAAGUGCAAACGAUGAAUUGUAUUCAAAUGUUGGUUUUCAUAUGUGUGUAUUAACUAGUUAAUUAUGACAAUCAGGAUGUUUCCACAGUAGCAUCUUCUAGGUUGCUCUGGCAUUACAGAGCCUGACAUCACAACCCAUCCCAAAGACUUAAGCACACACACUGAAGAACAACACACAAACACACAGUCUCUCUCUCACACACACACACACCUGAAAAAGCAACCUGUACAGCACAGACUCAACUAUUUUUUUUUCUUUCAGCCAAUCUCAUGUGAAUAAUCAUCGUAGGUCACAUCUGUUUCACCACUUAUAAAGAGCACUUUUAAAUUAUGCCAUUUUAAUCUGAUCUCACCCUCUGAUAGAUUCUUUCUUUUGGGAUAGUAGUUCAAAACUACUCACAUCAAAGUUUAGGCCUUAUUGUAAAAUAUAACACAUUCUGUAAAUGAGCAGAUGACACAUAAAGCCUAAAGAGGAAAGUAUUGAAAUUUAAAGCAAGCACAGUUGACUGUCAAACACAAAAUUAACCCAAUUAAUGAGAAUUAACUUUGUAAUUUUCGUUAAUUAUGACAAGCACAAAGGUCAAAGCAUUCCCAUAUACAUUUGAUAUGCUACACAUUAGAUUCCAAGUAUCGCUUUGGUUAUAUUACCUGCAUUUUGAAGCAUGAAACUUUUAUGAAUGAAGGCCUUCAGUGUUUCUCAAUGAUAGAAACUCAAGUUGGGAUUAUUUUCAAGCACAUCAAAGGUCUGUCAGUGUGAACCCUGCACGAGGAACCUCUUUGGAAGCUGCCUGUCCUGUGUGUUUGCCUCGAGGCAGCCUGCUGGGGAGGUGAAGUAGCUGAAUGCACCGUAACCGACAAAGUGAUUCUUCUCACUGGUUCUCCAGCAUGACUGUGUGAAAUCGAUGCUUUGUGGCAUUGAGGUUUAAAACAUGUGAAAAGGGGCUCAUGUCAAAGAGUAGGCAGCUUUAGGAGAGGGGAUUAGUUUGGGGACAUGUGUUUGAAGGAUACUUUAAUAAGGGCGGCUUUGACUCGUCCUGUGUCCAUUGAGAGCGCUUGUGAAAUAAAAGACCCAAAGAGAUGAGAGGAAGGGUCUGACAGCCAGAGGGCACUUCUUUCCCUGCCCUCUUCACUUUGCAUUGUCUUUGGUGUGAAGGAUCUCUGAAAGUCAAAAGUGCUUAGCUGAGGUUAUCCAAGAACAAAGUUUGACGAGCCUCAAUUAUGAACAAUGUGUGCAAUAUAUAAUUAGCGCUCUUGCAAUUUUACCAAGGCAGUGCUCUUUGCCUUUGACAUACUCCUGCCUGCUUAUCUACAAGGACCUAUAACCAUGUUUUUCCCAGUGCCUCUAAGACGUUGCUCCUGCCAGAACCCCCCAAAUGAUCUUGUAUUACAGUAGUACAUCAGCAGCAAUGACAGAAUAACCCAUUUACCCAAAGAAGAAGCUGCGAGAACUGGUUUGUUCCCAUUUUUCGCAGAUAAAAGAAAACGGCACUUGAAAUGCAGUGCAUCAGGUUGCAGCAGUGGCAUUUGACUAAACACUCCCCAGCUCUAACAGUGUGCACAACUGCAAGCUCGCAGCACAGCGAAUUAAGUCUCACCCCUGGGUGCUCUGUAGCUCUGCCAGGCAGGUUCAAGCCCCGGGUUUCAUAUUGAGUGAAGUCAAAUGAAAGAAAUUCACUUACUCAUGCUGUUCCACACUCAAAUCCAUAACUCUCCAAGUUAAAUUUGCUGCAUUUGCGUCUGGUGAGCAAUGGGGAGGAAGCAUGCACGCUUGGCUGCUUUCCCCCAAGUAAAGUCUGAAAUGAAACCCUCCCAGAAUUGCGUGACAGUGCUCUCUGGACUUCUUUUUUUUUUUCAAGACAAGUGUUAGUGGGCUGUGAUUUCAACAUGGCUGGAGGUUUAGAGGGCAUGUCAAAAAAAACUCACAGUGGAUGCCUCUGGCAAUCAGAAAAACUCAAACUUGAAAUGAAACAUAGAAGAAAUAUACAUAUAUAAAUAUAUCUAAGUGAGAUGUUUGUGUAUGAUAUUAUAAUUGUGAAGAAAAUGUGAUAUAUAUAUAUAUAUAAAUAUAUAUAUAUAGGCCUAGAUUAAAUUAUAUACUGUAAAAUGUCAUCAUCUCUUCUGUUUUAUAUAUUAGUGACCAUUUUGUACAGAUUUUUCUUUUUUUAAUUCAUUGAGAGAUAUUGCAUUUCACACUGAGAUUAUUUAUUCAUAUGCAGAACAUUUUUAUAUUUGUUUAAAAUCUCUGUAUAGAUAAGACUUAGCCUCUGUAAUAUACUCUGAAGUUAGUUCAUUUUUAAAUUCUAAAUUUUUCUUUACGAACACCAAGUUAGAUUUUAUGUAAUUUUAAUUUGUAAAAAAAAAACACACAAAAAAAGCUUUUCCCUGAAAAUACUUGUCCAGCUCGUGUACACCUUUGCCUCUUUAUGUGAAAGGUCACUUUAAGAUAUAAGAGGCUGGACCAGUGCCUGUGUGUUGGGCUUAUUUUGCUACUGUUGUUUUAUUUUGGGAAGGGUACUUUUUUCUGUAACUGUGAUCAGUUUCUGUUUUAUUUUUAAUUUAAUUUUUUCGUUUCUCCCCAUUCUGUGUCGUGAUGAUUGAGCUGGUAUUAAUGAUACUGGAGAUGGUCGGAAACAGAUGUUGUAGUAACUGUGAGUUUGUGGGCCUGAAAGCGUCAUACAAGGCCUUGCUGCUUUGAAAAAAGAAGGAAUAUUACUUGGCUUUAAUUUAUCUCUGUGUCAUGCUUGCCUGUGAACAGGGAUGGCAGGAAUGUGGAUCCUCAGCACAGAAAGAUUCAGGCAGGUGGAAGCUCAUUUUUGUUGCUUAUAUUGCUCCACCUGUUCCUCUGAGUGGCUUUACGUAGCAGUUAUGCUAAACCAUAAAUGUAAAAAAAACAGAAAGUUGGAUUAAUAAGGGAAUUAUGUGGAGUUUAUGAAUUUAACCUUUUAUCUUUUCUUUUGCCAUUGUAUCUUUUUUUAAAUAUAAUGAAUCUACAUUCUAUAGUAUGUAUAUGAGAUUUUUACAUGAAUGUGUGGAUGUUCCAAACUCUUGGCAUCAAAAGUAGAAAAACAAAAUUGACUUGUAAAUAGGCCAAGUCAUUCCUAGCGAGUUCAACAAAUUGUUAUGUCCAAAAGAAGAUGUUUUAAUAAUAAACUAUGACGAUGGGUACAAAGGUAUAUACAAAACAAUGCAUGUAUAGUCUCAAGCAAUCGCACGGUGAUUUAAAAAAAAAAAAAUGUUGUCUACAUGUUUUUCUCAAGAAAGUGAGAAUAAAGCAGAGAAGGGUUCUAUGUUAUAGGAUUACAAACAUGAAGGAUGAGACAUUAUUUUGGUAUGUGUGACACGGGCAUGUUCAGUCUUACUGUGACGUUAUGUGACAAUGAUGAUAGUGGCUGAGAGUGCGAAAAGGAGUCAGGAAUGCUUGAACGCACCCCAACCAGAGAAGUCACCAGUGAUGGUGUCCUCUUUCCACAGAGUAACUCUCCCAUUUGUAGAGUAGUGUGAUAUAAGAACAAAAAUAAUACAGAAAAUAGAUCUAUGAUAUAAUGAUAUAUAAAUUUAAAAGCCUACUGAUACUGGAGAUACUAAUUUAUCAGUGUGGAUGCCAUGAUAUUCUGUGAGAAAUGUGUGUGUUUUUCCUGUGAGAAGACAGCAGGCAGUUGAACCUGCCUUCUUUUGUACAUAAGUUGCUGUGAUUGUGUGUCAAAUAAAGUGCAGCUCUCUUGUA